GCAGUACUUGUAAGCUAUAGGUGGAAGGUAAAUGGGUGCUGUAAAAUACUUUACAUUUUUGUGUUCGUUUGAAAAUUUUUCUAAUGAACUAUAGAAGAAAUAUUCGGUGAAAGCAUUUGUAAAUGUAUUAGCACAGUCAUUAAUUCAAAGUACAAUUUUUAAUGGCUGAAUUGCCAAUUGGGUACCUUGCUUGGGCAAAGUGGAUUACAAUCCCAAAUAUACUAACUGCCAUUAAUUGCUGUGUCAGAAUCUGAAUUGGGAACAUUUACUUAAAAAUUAUUAACAUUUUAAAAUUAAUAACUCCAUCUCACUUAAAUCUUAAACCAAUCAUGCGAGGGAUGAGCCUUUUAAUCUGAGUUUUACGUUAGAGGAAUUCAAAUCCGAAAGGAGACACAAGAUGGAACUCAGGGAGGAGUUCCAGUAGGAGCAGGUUUCCAAAUUAAGCACCGGCGGAUCACUUCCACUCUGCGGACACCCUUGCGACUCCGUUUAGUUGCAGUUUAGCAGCCCCAAACCGCCCAAUUCCUUUGGCGGGGAAAAGCGUCUGCCCGACUCCCUGCCCCGGGCCCCACCCUCACCCGGGCCGCGCCCCUCGGUCCCAGGAGUGGGGGGCCUCCAAACCCGCUGCAGCCAAUCAGCGCCCUCGGCCAGCCCCCCACCUUCUCAAAGCCUCACCCCUGCCCUUAAUCCCUGUAGGUUCCGCCAACUCCGCUCAGAGCGGCGCGGCGCGCGCAGCAGGUUCCCUUUGGGCUGAUAGCCGUCAUCUUCUGGGAUCCCGGACCGCCGCCUUCCGCAUCCAGGGGCCUGGAUUUCCCCUCCCGGCCCCAGGGAACUGGCUCCCCAUUUCCCGGAUCUGCGCCUCCCGGGCCCCAGACUCGGGCUCCCGAGCCCUUGGUUUCCAGGACCCAGGCAACCUAGGUCGCCGCCUUCCAGAUCCAGGGGUCCCAGGUCCGCGCCACCAGUACCUCUUGAAGAUCGCCGCCGUGGGGGCUGCUUCUUCAGCAGUCAACGACCCCAGGUUCCAGCCUGAGAAAGUCCUGUGUGCCUGACGCCCAAGUGAACCCAGGAGUUCCCACGUCACCGCUUUGGGGCACCGGACACAGUCUGGAAGAUCAGAGCCCCAGCGCCCAGCCUAGCAGUCCCCGACACUCCAGCUCCCAAGAGCCAAGGAACUUAGGCGCUGCGAACUCACCACUCCAAGGAACCCUCCCGAGUUCCCGCCUCCAGGCUCUGUUACUCGGCUCAGUUCUGAGGAACGUGUACGUCCUGGGAAGGACCCCCAGGAAGCUCCCAGCUUCCGGGCGCUGGGGAGCCCCGAGGCAUCCGUCAUGAUGGCCGAUCCACCUAAGGGAGACCCCAAGGGGCUCGCGGCGGCGGAGCCCACCGCUAACGAUGUCCCGGAGUUGGUCCCCACAGAGGACCCGGGCGCAGCGGGAGGUGGCUGCUGCGGUUCCCGCGACCAGGUGAGCCGCUGCCGUCGCGCCAACCUGCUGGUGCUGCUGACCGUGACGGCUGCGGUGGCGGGCGUGGCGCUGGGGCUAGGGGUGUCGUGGGCCGGUGGCGCAGUAGCGCUGGGCCCCGCGGGCCUGGAGGCCUUCGCCUUCCCGGGCGAGCUGCUGCUGCGCCUGCUAAUGAUGAUCAUCUUGCCGCUGGUGGUGUGCAGCCUGAUCAGCGGCGCCGCCAACGUGGACCCGAGCGCGCUCGGCCGCCUGGGCGCCUGGACGCUGCUCUUUUUCCUGGUCACCACACUGCUAGCGUCCGCGCUCGGGGUGGGCUUGGCUCUGGCCUUGCAGCCAGGCGUCGCCUUCGCCGCCAGCAGCUCAUUCGGAGCCACGGACGCCGUGGAAGGGGACUCCAGAGAGGAGGUGCUCUAUUCGUUCCUGGAUCUUGUGAGAAAUGUCUUCCCCUCCAACCUGGUGUCUGCAGCCUUCCGCUCAUAUGCUACCACCUAUGACGAGAGAGGGGUCGAUGGAACCAAGGUGAAGGUGCCUGUUGGAGGCGAGGUGGAAGGUAUGAAUAUUCUAGGCCUGGUGAUGUUUGCCAUCGUUUUUGGUGUGGCCCUGAAGAAGCUGGGGCCUGAGGGAGAGCUGCUCAUCCGGUUCUUCAAUGCCUUCAAUAAAGCCACCAUAGUGCUGGUGUCCUGGAUCAUGUGGUAUGCCCCUGUGGGCAUCUUGUUCCUGGUGGCUGGCACGAUCGUGAAGAUGCAGGACGUGGGGAUGUUCUUCACCAUCCUCGGCAAAUACAUCCUGUGCUGCCUGCUGGGCCAUGUCAUUCAUGGGCUCCUGGUGCUGCCCCUCAUCUACUUCGUCUUCACCUGCAAAAAUCCCUACCGCUUCCUGUGGGGCUUCAGGACAGCGCUGUUCACUGCCUUCAUGACUGCCUCCAGCUCUGCCACGCUGCCCACGAUGAAGAAGUGCGUGGAGGAGAGGAAUGGCGUCGCCAAGCAUAUCAGCCACUCUGUCCUGUCCAUCGGUUCCACGUUCAACAAGGACGGUGCUGCGCUCUUCCAUGGUGUGGCCGCGGUGUUCAUUGUACAGCUCAACCACCAGUCCCUGGACUUCGUGAAGAUCAUCACCAUCCUGGUCACCGCCAUAACUUCCAGCGUGGGCGCUCCGGGCAUUCCUGCUGGAGGUGUCCUCACGGUGGCCAUCAUUCUCGAGGCCGUCAGUCUCCCAGCUCAUGACGUCUCCUUGAUCCUGGCUGUGGACUGGCUUCUAGACCAGUCUCGUACCGUCCUCAAUGUGGAAGGUGACGCCUUUGGGGCAGGACUCCUGCAAAGUUAUGUGGAUCACACAGAGUCCUGGAGCCCGGUGCCCGAGCUGAUCGAAGUGAAGACUGAGGGCCCCUGAGUCCACUGCCACUCUCUACUGGGGAGGGAAACCCCCUCCUCAAACUGUGGUGCAGGACCUGGGGGGGUAUGCUGACACUUACAAGAGGGAAUCCCUCAUGUAAACUCUAUGAGA